AUAAAGUUGGAUAUACAUCACGUAAUGAUGAAUUAAAUAACAGCAGAACAAUUUUUUAAAAUAAUAACGUAUAAAAUUUUAUUCUAAUAAUUUAAGAUGAAAUUUUCAAUAUUGUUAGCAUCAGUUAUUUUUAGUGUACAGGCUAUAGAUGUGUACAUAUCAUUUGAUAGUCUAUCGGGAACACGACCUAAUACUGCAUUUGUUGGCGCAAAAUAUUCUAAUGAAAAAUAUGUUCCUGACACUUUUGAUUUUAGAACAUUUGUAAACAUCGAAGCUCCUUUCCUGACAGCUUGGAAUUAUACAAUUAAUGGCGUACAAAUUACAAACGGUGUUGAAGACUUUUGCAACCCUAAUCCAGUGAGUCCUGGAGGUAUUGCCGUACUAAUAUUACGUUAUGGUCUUGGUUUCGAAGACAGCAAUUGUCCUUUUGAACGAUUUACUACGUAUAACAAUAGAUCAUGGAUAUGGGCACAAGCAGAAUCUCUUGAUCUCGAUGAUAUUUUUAAGGUUGCUAAGACUAUAGCAAGUACAUCCGUUGAUAAUAAAUUACCACAAAUGCAGGAACCAUUAGAUACAGAUUCAUCAGAUUUUGAGGAAGGAGCAACUGAUCCUUCACUAGAAACAGGAUCACAUAGUAUGAGAAGACGUCGUAGAGACUCAUCAUUCUUAACUAUUAAACUAGAUACAAUCAACGAAUGUGUUGAUGCUAGAUUUGAACUUAGUGCCGAAGUUGAUUAAUCUUGAAGCCUUUUCUUCAUCACAUGAUGUAAUAUAAAAUCAUAAUGAUAAAGUAAUGUUGACAUUUUUUUCUUACAUAUUUUUUUAUUUAUGUGUCAUGAAUUUGGAAAAAUAAACAAUUGUCUUUAGCAUUUUGAUCGAAUAUAUAAA